GGUUAUCAAAGCAGUUAGGUGCAAGGUUAUGUAAAAAGGUAAUUUACAACUGAAAAUUAAAUACGUACUUAUAUAACUCUUUUCUCAGUGUUACUUUUUUCACGUGCGAAUUGUGCGUUAACAUUCGUCGCAACUUUUGUAAAUAUUGAAAACAACCCUAAAGAUAUAUACCUACAUAUACUCCUAUGUCUGAGGCUCUUCUGACACAGUGGAAAGAUCGCGUUCUGGAAGCAGAGACUGAAGUUGGUCUAAUUCAAGAUGACAUCAACACAGUUCUAGAAGAACGGAAAACACUGAAACAAUCCUCGCGUAAACAUUUGGAAAUUAUAGAGAAGGAGAAAAAGGAUCUUCUCAGGCGGCUUGAAUCAGUUGAGGCAGAAGCUAAAGAACUUAGCGCUGUUUGUGAACGGACUCUUAGUGAAAAAGACAAAGUUGAAGUGGUCUACAUUAAGACCCUUGAUGAAUAUGAAAAUAUGCACUACCUGGUACGCGAGAUCAAGGACAAUGAAGAGCAGCUCAGCUCACGUGAAGAUUUGGAAACACGGCUCCAACGAGAGUCUCUUGUAUGGGCUGAAGAGGAGCAUGCAAUGCGCAACAAGCUGAGCAAGAUACAAUUGCAACUCAAACAGCAACGUAAGCAACAGCAGGCCGAGCAGAGUGAACUUGAGGAACAGCUGGCGGCUUUAGAAAAACGACAGCGGCUGGAGCAGGCUGAGCGCAGUAGUGGGCAAACCGCACCAGCACCAAGUGUGGUAAAAACUUCCAUUAAUGCAGGCACAGAUAAACGGUUUACGACUGACAACAGUUUCUCCUCAGUUCCUACGCAUCCAGUACCCCCAGUAGCACGUGCGCAGCCGCUGAAGUCCUGUCUUAAAGGGAAGGAAGCUGCGGUGCCGAUAUCGGCACCUGCCAUAACAAACAGUAAGUUGAACACAUACCGUCAUAACGCAUACCCCGUUAUAGCCUCAGCUCCUGUAAGCAGAGCCGCGUCGCAGUCACUAGUGUAUCAACCAUAUAACAUCGGAACUGAUCUGUCGAGCGCAGCCAGCCAUCAUCAACAGAAGUCUCUUAAUCAAGCUCGAGCGUAUUCCUAUUGUUCUGGAAAAGACCGUUCUCGUGCGCAUGACGUGCUUCAAGAAACAACAAACAAUUUAGAAUAAAUAAUGUUUCCUUGGUGUUACACACAGAUCCUCUAGAGCCAGAAUCCACUUAGAUUCAUCAUAAUUUAACAUUUAUAUUUUUUUGUGCUGAAAAUAUAGAGAAACAAAAAAUAACCAUAAUUGAUGUUUAUUUUACUCGUCCAA